GAAGUAAAACAAAGUCUAACCACAAACUUCUCUUAUCCAAAAAACCUAGCAUCUGUGACCCAAGUAAGUUUAACAUAGCUAAAGCUGGCACGACAAAACUCUGCCUCUGCUUCAUGAACAGAACCACAUCCCCACAAGCAUGAAUGACUCAGUGGACAAACUGGUAAUCUUCCUAGCAAAGAGAGAUGGCAUAGACAAGCUGGUGAAGACGUUCCAGUACGUGUCAAAGCUCGUAAACUGGCACGUGGAAGCCACGCACCCCGACACAUCCAAGAGGUUCAAGCAAUGGGAAGUGGCCUCCGGCCUCAGCAGAAAAGCCUUCAGAACCGGAAGGUUCCUCACCGGCUUCAACGUUCUUCGCAGAAACCCAGGCUCCACCCUUUCUCUGAGGCUACUAGCAGUGCUCUCUAAUGCUGGCGAGAUGGUGUAUUUCUUCUUCGACCACUUUCUUUGGUUGGCCAGAAUCGGUACCAUAGACGCGAGCUUGGCGAAGAAGAUGAGCUUCAUAUCCGCCUUUGGUGAGUCUGUUGGGUAUGUCUUCUUCAUCAUAGCUGAUUUCAUUAUGCUGAAAGAAGGGCUCAAGGCAGAGAGAAAGCUGAGAAGAAGCAGCUCCAAGGAGAAAUCCGAGGAGGAAGAGAAAGCAGUGAUUCUGAAGAUCAGAAGCGAUAGGAUCAUGAGGCUAAUGGCUGUGGCUGCUAAUCUUGCGGAUUUGUUCAUAGCAAUAGCCGAGAUUGAGCCCAACCCCUUCUGCAACCACACUGUUACUCUUGGCAUUAGUGGCUUGGUUUCUGCUUGGGCUGGUUGGUAUAGAAAUUGGCCUUCAUAAACCUAAGCUAGCUGUUAUUAUUAAUGGAUGCUCAAUAAAUAUUUGAAUUUAAUCGUGUCUAGCUUAUAAACUCUUACAUGGUUUUUCUUAUUGUUUCUAAGUGGCCAAAUAAAGGUCAGUGUUCGUGCA